AUGUCUUCGCUUAUACUUAGUCACAAGGAGCGAGCCGAAGGGCCGUGGGUCAAAUUACAAUCCGAACCGUCUCUCUUCACGACGUUAAUGUAUGAUUUAGGAGUAAAGGGCGCCCGAGCUACCGAAGUGUUUGUUCUCGAUCAACAAGACAACUUUGAUGAUCUUGGAGAAAUUUACGGGCUCGUGUUUCUUUUCAAAAUGACUGAUGCAUUAAAUGAUACCAAAGGCUUAUACAAUGAGGAUGAGUCUCUUGAAGAUUAUCCGCCGAACGUUUACUUUGCGAAUCAGGUUGUUGAGAACGCCUGUGCCACUCUUGCGGUAUUAAACAUCGCAUUAAAUUGUCGUCAUCUAGAAAUUGGUAAAGAAUUACGGGAGUUCAAAGAAUUCUCUUGGGAUCUUCCGCCAGCGGCAAGAGGAUCUUCAAUUGCGAAUCAUCCUACUUUUCGUCAAAUUCAUAAUUCAAUGGCAAGGCAUCCGGAAGAUUCGUUGAUAGUUGAGGAGAUAGGCAAAAAAAAGGGUGAUCCUGAUGAGGAAGGUGGAGAAGUUUAUCAUUAUAUUGCGUACGUUCCUAUUGACGGGGAGGUCUGGCAAUUGGAUGGUCUUUAUCCUCGUCCAAUUAAAAUAGGAAAUUAUGAAGACGAAAAAAUAUGGUACGAUGCCGCACGUGGCGUUAUAAAUGAACGUAUUGACAGGUUCCAUGCCGAACAAGUCGAAUACGUGCUUCUUGCCAUCACAAAAGAUCAAAUCAGCAUACAUCAAGAUCGUGUGAAGGAUUGUUUAUAUAUAAAAAAGUUUGCCGAACGUAGAUUGGAUGAACUUAGUAAAACGUGGAGGGAGACUAAUAUUGAUGAUAUUGAGACUACGUUGACCGAAGAUGAUGAACUCAAAGUGUUGGAUCGAGCAAACAUUGACAUCGAAAUCGAAAAUUUGACGAUGAACUUUGAUGAUAUCGAAAAGAUUGAGCAGAUAAGGGCAAAGGUAGUUAAUGAAAUUAAGUUUUUACUUGAGGCUAUCGACAGGGAAAUCAAAUUGAAAGAGGUUGAAAAGGAAAGGAGGACGUUCGAUUACGGACCAUUUAUCAGAGAAUUUAUUUCAAUUCUUCACGAAAGAGGUGAAUUGAAAGAACUUCUUGCCAAUGCUGAUUACAUGGAAGAAGGGGAUGAAUAA